GAUCUCAUAUCCACAUAAGCAUCUUCCCGCUUCCUCCCUACUAAAUUCCUACUCCUCCUUCACCCUCUCUCUCGUCUCUGCGUCUGUGUGAUUACCUCGCCAUUCUCCGCACCAAUGGCUUCCAUGAACUCUGCUGUGCUUGCUUCUACCUACGCCAUAUCUGGUGUGGCUUCUUCUGAAUUCAACCCCAAGCACACUUCCAUGGCGGUGUCUUCCCCCAAAUUGCCGGUCAUCAAGGCCCAGCAAGCCUCCUCGUCCGCCGGUCCUCAAGGAAGAAGAGCCGCUCUUUCUCUGUUAGCCGCUACCGUGUUUACAGCCGCCGCCGCGUCUUCUUCUGCAAACGCCGGCGUCAUUGAAGAAUACCUCGAGAGAAGCAAGGCCAACAAGGAAUUGAAUGAUAAGAAGAGAUUAGCGACAAGCGGCGCGAAUUUCGCGAGGGCUUACACAGUGGAAUUUGGGAGCUGCAAGUUCCCUGAGAACUUCACUGGCUGCCAAGAUCUUGCGAAGCAAAAGAAAGUGCCAUUCCUGAGUGAAGAUUUGGACCUGGAAUGCGAAGGGAAGGACAAGUACAAGUGUGGAUCUAAUGUUUUCUGGAAAUGGUGAACACAACGCCAUCCCCCAAAUUACAUAAAAUUCCUGUAAAACAAACCAAAUCAUUUCAGCUGUUUGCUCUGUCUUCAGUACUGCACCUAAUUUCUUCUCCUUCGUGUUCUAGCCUUCUCUUUCUUCGCUUUCUUUU